AUGUCGUCGACCCUCAGCGUGAUAGACGAAAUCAAAGUCGAGAGCUCUGAUACCGCAGAGUCAGUCAUGUCCACCGAUUCUGAGACAAGGGAAGGAAGUACCAGUGACAGUGACGGUACAACUUCAGAAGAAGGCAGCUAUGAUGCCUCUGCUACGUGGCCAUAUCGAUUUGCUAUGGAUAACAACUGCGGACAAUUCGGCUCCCGCCGUCCGUUGUCGCCUCCGUAUAAAUACCCAAUUGAUAGUCACGCUGGACCGAUGCUGAUCGAGGAGAGCUGGAAAACCUUUUGUGGUGUGUGCGGCACAUGCAUCACCCUCGAGGACGAGCAGAAUCUGAUGUGGGCAACCGGCAGUUAUGGCUCGUACGGAGGCUCGGUUCUAGCGCAGCCUGAUGAUGCUGGAAAUAGAGAGUUCCAGAAGCUGCAGGCGCCGGAAGCUGAUAGUGAUGGACACUAUGCUUCUCGCCGGGAUUUUGGUAUCAUGCCCAAGGCAGGCUGGACCGGCUUGUACCGCGUUGUGAUCUGUCACACCAGACUCGCAGCAAAGCGUGACAUACCUCGGUACCAUGUCUCAGGCGUUGGCCGAUAUCAUCUUUGGGACAGCGACCCGGGCGCGCGUAAAUUGAGCAAAAACUUGGAGUAUAAGGACAGUAGGGGAGUUCUAAACAACGAGCCGGUCUUCACCGUGCCCUGGAAGAAAGACGACCUGCUUGUGGACCGGCAGCACUUUUAUAACAAACUCAUCCCGGAUGAUAAAAAGGACAUGACCAAGAGCAAGCCCCUUGUCAAACGUGUCAACGUGUACCCGGCGCACUUCUACAACAGUGAUUUCCAGCACUUGUAUCCCCACGGAUUCCCAAUACAUGCUCACUGCUGGAGCCUCGCUGAGCGUGUAAUUGGUGGUGAUCGGAUUGAAAAGGACCUUGAGCUGUUCAUUCGUAUCCUGCAGCAGCGAUGGGAGGACGAGAAUAUCAUCCAGAACAGCAGACAGCUCAACGAGUGGAUUAUCGACAGGUACUCUUACUUAGCCAGAAGUGAAUAUGACUGUGACCUCCAGCUGGUUGCUAUCCGAGACCCCAUCACUGUCCACGAAGUCGAAGAAAUCAUCGCCGAAAGCGCCAAAAGAUACUCACUGCUCAAGGACAAACAGGGAGAUGCGCCGACCAUCGUCACGGCGAAUUACGCUCUAUUCACCAUCCCUUACGAGGUCUGGGCGGGCAUCUUUGAUUGCCUGCACUACAGCGAACUUGUCAAAUUUCUGAGUGUGACACGCAUCCAGAUGCCGCCGUCGUACUGGCGGUCCCGCGCCCCGAGAGAUAUCAUCUGGGAAUUGGACGAUAUCGAUUGUGGGACGACCCCGGUCGACUGGCAGCACCUGUGCCUGCGUGCAGAGCGUCUGUGCGACGAAUCUCUUGGCCUGGUUAAUCGCCAGCGCAUCUGCAAUGUCUUGAAAGAAGUCGGCACCAAGCUGGAUUUUUUCUCCGAUGUAGAAGUUGCUGAUAACCAGGCUCGAGAGGCUGCUAGUCCAACUCCAGAAACGCUUAGUGAAGCCUCUACUGUUAGACACGACCUGUGUCAUGGGGGUAGCGACUCUGAGGAAGAACUAGGCCUGACAGAAUGGGACGACGAAUACGCGAAGAAGGACUAUUUAGUAGUAGCUGAGUGGGAUGGAAAUUAG